UGUUAUUUCUCAAUAAAGUUGUUUCAUCUUGCAAUUACUUGCAAAGUUACAGUAGUUGCUGCUGGGUAAAUCGUGCACGGCACUGUGAAUUAGGUCUAUUCUGUGCUAUAAGGUGUAGUUGCUUCCGAGUUUUGUAUUCGAAGUAAUAAAAAUGUCCCAGCCCGAUACAUUUGUGUCAAUUGGAACUCCAUUCGAAUUGCCAGAAAAUGAGGAUGAUUUUGUGCGUAAAAAGCCCGUUCCUGUUCACGAUCAAAUCGCCGUAGAUUGGAAGGGAAGAAGGAGGUUUCAUGGGGCGUUCACUGGCGGAUUUUCCGCUGGAUACUUCAACACGGUCGGCACCCAAGAAGGAUGGGCGCCGAAGCCGUUCUCCUCCAGUAACAGUGAGCGGGCAGGCAAGUAUGAGCAGAGGCCAGAGGACUUCAUGGACGAUGAGGACUUGGGCGAGUUUGGCAUUGCACCUCGUCACGUGUCCACCAAGACUGAUUUCACUCACCCGGAAAACAGACAUGUGGCUGCCGGUGAGGAGGAGAAACGUCGCAACGCCCUGGACGCUCACCAUUCCAUCAUCCCUGGGGUAGCACCACUGCAUGACCUAGUUGUUCCAGCCAGUCAAACUGUCGGUGCUCGCUUGCUGAAGAAAAUGGGCUGGAGAGAAGGCCAGGGUGUUGGACCCAAGCAGCAGAGGUUGACUGAUGACGGUAGCAGCCGGUUUCACUCACCAGUGCAAACAAAGGGCGAAACAACAGACGGCAGUGCGAAUCACUGGGCGUUUGCACCGCGUGAUAGCGAUGUCGCCGACAUGCCUGCCCUGGUGGGACGGCAUGGCCUCGGCUACAAGGGCAUGGAUGCCGACCGCACGGCUGUGCUGCAGAACAAGACACGCUCCAACCCGUCUAAGUCGCUCAAGAUCACAGGACAGGCAUUCGGUGUCGGGGCGUAUGAAGAAGAAGACGCAGACGUUUACGAUGUGGAGGACAUGUCUGGCUAUGAUCAAACGAUGGGUGCCAGCGAUCGGGCUGAUCCGUUCUUCGGCUGGUCGGGAUCACAUGAUCAACACCUGGAAGGCGGUGAUUCCCUAUCAGCGUUUGCCAAGGCCAAGCAUCCGAACCCUCCCAGAAAGAUUUUCCGCGGUCCUGAGGUGCCUCGUGCUUUCAAGCCCUACCAUCAGUUCAAGGACGCUCCUCCGAAAUCAGCAUCAGAGAUGGGUUUGGUGGACAGCACCAUGACGUCGAAGACUCGCGGCCAGCUGUUGGGCGAGCAGCGGCUGCAGGAUAUGUCCGUUCUCUCUCUCCUGGCGCCGGAGGACCGUGAUCGCCUGGCACAAGCCAAGCAUCAGGUCGUGCGCCCGUCAGCAACAACCGCACCGGCUACAGCCGCAGCUAGUCAGAAGCUAGCAAGCUCCCCGGCAGCCUCGCUAACAGCAGCUCGCGUGCCACCUCAGCCAGUGCCUCCAGGCCUGUCAAGUGCUGGCAUGCGGUCAGCUGCGGGUGCUUCACUGGCAUCUCGAUUUUCUUCAUCGACCAUUCCGGCCGCAGCAGCUGCUGGGCCCAGUCAUUUCAAGCCCUAUGCCAGUGACCCGGACAAGCAGCAACGCUAUGAAGCUGUUACUGCUGGGAAAAACUAUACCAGACCUGCAGGAAUGAUGGAAUGGGAAGAGCAGAGAGAGCGAGAAGAGUUUGCCCGUGCAUCGCAGCUCUACCGACCACUCGGCGGUGCGAUGGCUGCCCGCUUCACGCCGGCUAAAGGGGAUGACUACAAGCCAGAGGAGCAGAAAGAGACGGUUCUGGCUGAGCAUGUGAAUGAUCCGAAAGACCAGUUAUCUGCAGCCCGUGCAAACAUGUUUGGCAAGCUGACGCGCACUACUCUGGAGUGGCAUCCUGAUCGUCUGGUGUGCAAACGGUUCAAUGUGCCCGACCCAUACCCUAAUUCCAACUUCGUUGGACUGCUCACGGACUCGGUUGACAAGAAAGCCAAUUUUCUGAAUAUGAGCUUUCUAACAGCGCAAGCGCAAGCACAGCCAGCUGAUGAUGAUGUCCCAACGGACACUGCUGCUGCUGCUCCAGCAGCUGAUGACAGCAGCAGCAGCAACAAUGCUAAAGAACUUUCCACCUUCAAACCUGUCACCGAUCCCGAGCCGGGUGGAGCGAAGUCGCCAUCCUCAACUGUAUCCUUCACUAUAUCGACCGAGCCGAGCAAGCCACGUUCCCGCCCUGCUCCAACCGGACCGCUCUCUAUCUUGAACAAGAAGUCCUCCAACCGGCCUGCAGAGAGUGUAUCCAGUACACAGCCGUCACCCGUCACCACUAGUAGUGGCGGUGCUGGUGAGAGUGCCACUGUCACUGCUAACAGCAGUAAGAACACCGCAGACCGUGCGGGCACUGCUAGCAAAGAAGAGUCCAUGGACGUCUCCUUGACAACUUCUUCACAGCCGCCAACACAAGCAGAGGCCGAGGUGGAAGAAGAGAAAGGGCCCGACCGACCCAGUAUGGAUUUUUUCAAGGCCAUCUUUGCAUCCGACUCCGAAGACGCAGGUGUCUCAACCGAUAGCGACAGUGACAGCGAUGGCGCCAAUGCUGCUUCGUCUAGCGGUGCCAUUGCUAAGAGUGUGCUUGCACCAGAAUCGGUACAAGCAGCAGCUAGUACUGCCGGUGCUGAGAAGAAGCAGACUGGUGAUACUGGUGGAGAUUCAUAUCCUUCACACACAGGCUCUCCGCCACGGCAUGUGUUUGUACCGCGUAAUCAACAAGCCAAGCCACAGCAGGAGGCUGCAGCCCAAUCUGAUGAGAGCGACGACGAUCAAUUUGGUCCGGCGCUGCCUCCAGCAAUGAGUACAAGUACUGGUACAUAUACCACACCAACAAGUCAUGGGUAUGUAGAGCCUGGCAAAGAGCGGAGCAAAGCACCCAAGGACAAGAAGCACAAAAAGCACAAGAAGAAAGAGAAGAAAGCGAAGAAGAGCAAGAAAUCCCGGCACCACCAGUCGCGCUCAAAGCGGUAUGACUCUAGCACCGGUGAAUCAGACAGUGAUGACAGCGGGCCGCUUGCUCAGGCCACUCAAUCCAAGCACUCCCCUGUUGGGACGCCGCGGGACGCCAGUCAUGGCCCAGCCCCAAGCAUGUCCAGACCACGGGCAGCUGACUUCAUGUGAGGACAACAACACUGGACACUGGAUGCUUUGCUGGUCAUGAUAUUCUAACCCUGUCACCUCGCUUUACCUCCAACAUCCUUUUAACAGUUUCAUUCUUAUUUUGUACUUUCGAUCCUUGGGAGGCCACAUGUAUGUACCAAAUUUCUCAAUUGAGUAUGACAGCAGAAACAUAUUCUACUGUUGACCUGCUCGACAUCAAGAACAUUAAAUGAAAACCAUUACACAGUA